AUCUAAACCUCUCCUUUUCUCAAUGUUCGGCACUCCGUCUUCCUCGCCGUCGUUCGGCACUCCCUCAUCCACACCCGCCUUUGGCACCUCGGCGUUUGGUACACCUUCAUCCACGCCUGCGUUUGGUACACCGUCAUCCACGCCUGCGUUCGGUACGCCGUCAUCCACGCCGGCGUUCGGAACACCAUCGGUUCCUUCCUUCUCCACCGGCGGAUUUGGCUCCUCGCUCUUCUCUACUCCCUUCUCAUCUCAACAACCACAGCAGCAGCAACAACAGCAGCAGCAGCCGAGUUCACUGUUCCAGCAGCAGCCUUCUUUUAAUUCUGGUUAUCAGUCACCGUUCAACAACUCGGCACAGCAAAACCCUUUCCCAAAUGCUCAAUUGACUACUCAGAUGGCUCCCGUUGCUCCAAUUCCUUACUCUCUCGCCGAUCGUGACAUUCAGGCCAUCAUCGAAGCGUAUAAGGAAGAUCCAACGAAUCCUAAGUAUGCUUUUCAGCAUCUUUUGUUCAGUGUGACUGAGCCACAGUUCCGGGUGAAGCCUGCAGCUGUAUCAGAUAUAAUGUGGGCAGAGGCCAUGAGCAAACUUGAAGGUAUGGAUUCUACCGAAAGAGAACGCCUGUGGCCUCAACUUGUUCAAGGUUUCAAAGAUCUUUCUCAGCGCCUUAAGCUUCAAGAUGAAGUUCUCGUCUCAGAUAGGGAUAGAAUAAAAACGACUCAGAGCAAUGUUAAAAUGCUUCAGAGACAUUUGCAAGCACAUACCUUUCCAUCUAUUGAAAGGUUGAGACAGAAGGAGCAGAGUCUUCAAAGACGUAUGUUGAGGGUGAUGAGGAUAAUAGAGAGUUUAGAAGGGAAGGGUUUCCGGUUACCCUUGACCAAAGGAGAGGGCGAACUGUCCGAGAAGUUAACUGCAAUAACAAGACAGGUGAAAGGUCCUGGAGCAGAGCUUUCUAGAAGGGUGCAAAGUCUGCAGACAAUAUCUCGUGCUCAAGCAAAUUCGAUUGCUGCUGGUAGUUCCCUUUAUCUCCCUGGGUCAACUAAAAUAGACGAGCAGAGCCUGAUCGAUAUGCAGGAGGUACUGCAACAGGAGACAGAAGCCAUAGGAAGACUUGGGAACGUAUUAAAGCGAGACAUGAGGGAUGUAGAAAUCAUGGUGUCUGAAGAUACAGAAAUGACCCAAGACCCAUGAAAGUGAUCUGCAAUUACUCUAGUUUUAAAUGUCUCCUUUCCUUUACUAUCGCCUGGUUGGAUGCGCACAAUGUUAUGCUCAGACACACAAGGCUAGCUUUAACAUGUACGUAGUAGCUGAGCUAUAAAUCUUGAUGUAUUGUGAUUGCUUUUUCAUUAAAAUCUUUGGAAGAGACU